AUGGCAACGAAAUCUCAACAACAAAAUAGUGCUGCUUCUGAGUUGUCCCAUUGGGAAAGAACAAUGGUAUCGCAGCCAUGGCAAAGAAUUCCCAACGAUGUCAAACUAAUGGAACCUUGUAAAGAAAAGAUAAUACCACCGAUCGAUUUGUCUCAAUACAAAACAUCACCAUUCCCGUACAUAAACAGCUUUGACACGUUCUUCAAGAAUAUUACCACUGAUAAACAACCGCGUCAAUCUGGAGAUCUGAAUCACUACGUUGGAAAAACUCAGUCAAAGUCCAAAUUUGAUAUUGACUCGAGAUCACAUUCUCUGAAGAGAAGAAGUUCAGUAUCUGUGAUUUGGGAAUCUUCAUCAGUUGAAUCGAACAAGCUGAUCAACGAACCUCAACAGAAAAAUCAAAGCAAACUAUGCGAUGGAAUUGAGAAAAACGUGGUUGUAGAUAAAUACUAUGAAAAAAAGGCAAAGUUAUCUACCUCUCGGAUAAUGGAUGUUCCGAAAACAGAAAAAGAGUUUGCUCAACCACUCCCACCACCGAAAAACAGAAAACAUGCGAACGAAGGCGACAUCCCGUCAAAAACUAAAAUGAAUAGUGGACAUAAAGAUCCACCUUCUUCCGAACUCCCCAACGAGCAAUUUCUGAGAAAAGUGCAAGAGCAACACCCAGAUUUCGAUUUUCCUCAAGCUAUCGCACAAAUCAAUUGGGCAGUAAGACAACGAAAUAAGGGAAUUGCCUUAGAAGAUAUUUUGCGAAGUAUGGUUGGAACUAAUGUCUACAAUAAAGUGACAAGUCAAGUGAUGCCCCUUCUGUCCAAAACUAACGGAAUGGCAGAACGGGUCUCAAUAGAUCCUCCUCCUCUUACUUGCUCAACGAGCGCAAGUAUGCCAACCAUAAACAGUCAAUCACUAAUUUGGAAACCAAACUCGCAAAACUCACUGCCUGCUUUUUCUGGAAUUCUCCCAGUUCUUCCUGAGAGUACUGUUUCAAACCACCACGUUACCAGUCCAACUUUGCCACUUUUGAGUCCAACCAAUCUUCAAAACAAUAUUCCGGGACAAACUGCUCUUACAAUUACUCCAUACACGCUCACGAAUUCCAUCACCGACAUCAAUCAGAAAUGUGACCUAUUAAAACUUCUGAUUGCAAUGAACAGUGCUGCACCAGCCGGAAUCCCGAUAAAUCAGGAUGUUGGAAAUGGUGGACCGGAAAAUAUUUUAACUUCGGCGCUAUAUAAUAGGAACGGAGAAACUCAGGAUAUGGUAAAGCAAAAGCUGAGUUACAUGAGAAGCAAAUCCCUGCAACAUAUUACACUUCCUCAAUCUAUUCUGACGCCAGAUCAGGUCAUCAAACCUCUACUAGUUGAUAUGUUUCCGCCAUUUGAAAUUUCGCAACCUCCGAUCAAUACAUCUACCACAAUGACUCAAUUGGGGAUGGUGCUAGGAACGGAAUGUACAACUACCCAAUUACAAUAA